AUGUGCCAGACCAUCCUCGCUAUCUGGGCCUGCCAAGUUGUCCUUAUGGGCUUUGCGGAAGGAUACAGAGUUGGUGCAGGCUCACUAGGUGAAGGCCUUGACAAGAUCUACCCGGGAGGUGCCUUUGACCCUCUUGGCCUCGCUGAUGAUCCAGAGACAUUUGCUGAGUUGAAGGUCAAGGAAAUCAAGAAUGGACGAUUGAUUAUGUUCUCGAUGUUUGGUUUCUUUGUUCAAGCUAUUGUCACGGGAAAGGGACCAAUUGAGAACCUUUUUGACCCUGUGGCUAACAAUGCUUGGGCUUUUGCUACUAACGUUGUACCCGGAAAAUGA